GAGCUGGAAGACCUGAAGCAGGCCAUUGUGGAACGGAAGGCCAUCUUGAAAGAACAGGGCCUGAGCGGUGGGCAGCAGAACAAGGAUGAGGAGGUGGUGAAGAUGGUGAACCGUAUGAAUGAGCUGAAGGAAAAGCAGGAACCAGGAAGCAGCAAGAAGGACAAGGAUGCAAAGAAGGACAAGAAGACACCACUCACGGCCGAGGAGCAAAGGGAGUUUGCGCAGCUUCAAGGUGACAUCGAAGUGUACAAGGCGAAGUUGCGAACAGAGUUCGGCUACAGCAACAAGGAUAUCAAG